AUGAUCACUUAAGAUUUUCACCAUUUACAACAAAUUAAGGUUUAAGAUGAUAAACAAGUAUAUAAUAAAAUAAUAAAUUAGCAGUAAUAAUCUCCAUAAAUAGUUGCAAUUAAUUUUAAUCUUCAUGAUUAAUACUAACCUGAAAUAAUGUAUAUAAUAUAAUAUUAUUUGUUCAAGAAACAAUACAUAUAUUAUUUAAGCCUUUUUUAAAAUGAUUAUUUAAAAAAAGAAAUAUUAGAUUUUGAGAGCACAGGCAUUAAAAAGAAGAAAAGCAUUUGAAGAACUAAUUUAAACUGAAGAGUCUUAUAUGACUGAUAUGACAAUAAUUAUUGAAAAAGUAGUUAAAAUAGUUGAAGAACGAUAGAUUUUACCCUAAAAUCAAAUAUAAAAAGCCUUUAGUAAUAUAAAAUAAAUAUAUGAUUUAAAUAGUGCAUUUCUCAAAGAUUUAUAAAGUAUACAUAAUUUUUCUAUAAUUAGACAAAUUAGGAAUCUAUAGAGAUAACGCAUGUAUUAGUCAUUUAUUGUAAAAGUAUAUCCCUUUUUUUAAGAUAUAUUUUCAAUAUUUAUAAGAGUUUAAGAUAGAUUAAAUUAUAAUAUUAAGAAAUGAAUACUAAGAUUUUGGUGAAUUUUUGACUUUUUUGGAAGAAUCAUUUAUUUUUAAAGGAGGAGAUCUUAAUUCAUUUUUAAUCAAACCUGUAUAAAGAUUACCUAGAUAUUCUUUAUUGUUAACAAGCAUUUUAAAGUACACUUGGAAGGAUCAUCCUGAUUAUAGUGAUUUAAAGUAAACUUUAAAUUCCUUUGCUUUGCUUACAUAAGAUAUUGAUUUACGAAUUACUAAGUAAGCAUAUUAAUCAUAUAAAUUAUUUUAGUAUUCUUAAAAAUUAAGUCCUUUUUGAAUUAUAGUAUAAAUUUUUUAAUCUAAUUAAUGUGCAAAUUGUGGAAUCCACAAGAAAAUUUAUAUUAAAAGAGAGUUUAAAUGAAGAUGUUAAUUUAUAUUUAUGUAAUGAUCUAUUUUUAAUUACAUAAAUGAACGAAUAAACAUUAAAUAAAGAGAAAUUGAUAACAUAUAGCUUUUUUACUAAAGAUACUCAUAUUCUAAUUAAUUAAAAAUCUAGUUGUUCAUUAAUUAUAUUAGGAAUAUAAAUGCAUUUAACUAUGUUCAAAUGCAAAGAUGAUGAAUAAAAAUUAAGAAUAAAAUAAAAAUUUGAUUCAAUAAUCGCCGACCUUAAGAAUAAUCAAUCCAUAUAAUAGUCUUUACCAAGAUAAAUAUUUUAAAAUUAUCAUCCUAUUUAAGUAGAAAUACUAUCAAUAACCAGAGGAUAGGAACUUUUGAAAACAUAUGCAUAGUACAAUAUAAGUGUAAUUGAAUUUAUUUUAAUAAUUAGAUUAGAAAUUAAUUCUACAUUUAUAAAACGUAAACUAGGCAUAAAUUUCUAUUGAAAAUGGAGAAAAUGCUUAAAAUUGAGUAUAAAAAAUUAUCAGAAUCACAUUUACAACCUAAUUUAAUAAUUUAAAAUUGGAUUGAGGAUAGAUUAAAUAAAGAAUUAAAUGAAGAAAGAAAAGUUAUUGUUAAAGACUUUUUAGAGACAUUGUUAAAUUCUCAUUUAGUAAAAUCUAAGCCUGAAUAUUUUCUUCGAAAACUUAGAUUACCUCUUAAUUUCUACAAUAGAGAACCACCAAAAUAGAAAAUUAGAAAUAAAUUACAGUAAAUAGAAGGGCUUAAAUGGAAUAAAUUAAUUUGA